UUGUUGUACUGCCCACACACUACCAGAGGGGAGACUGCUAACACUCACUACCAGUCAGAAGACUGCCUACACACUACCAGUAGGAAGACUGCUAACACUCACUACCAGUAGGAAGACUGCCUACACACUACCAGUAGGAAGACUGCCUACAUACUACCAGUGGGGAGACCUAGAGAAGGAUAUGGAUAUCACAGAUUCACCUGUGAAGGGAGGUAUCUCUAUACUUCACACAGAGGAGGAUGGGAAACACCACUAUGAAGUGGAGAAGAUCCUCAAGUUCAAGAAAGGAGGACAAGGAGGAGGAGCCUUCGCCAGUGAAGGAGACAAGCUCCUGACGAUCAAUGGAGUGGACCUACAGGAUCUAUCCCCAGAGGCCUUCGCCAAGAUUCUGACGGAAGGAAACCCCAUGUUGACUGUCCACCAAGCCAGCAGGGCUCCUCCACCAGAGAGAUGCCCAGAGGAGGGGGCUGAGGCCAGGGCUCUCCACCCGGUCUCCAAGGAGAACACCAUACUCAGCUUCAGCCUGGAGAUGAGACGAGAGGAUGACCUGGACGACCUGGAGAGUGACUCCUACCGCCCCAUGGAGGACCUCACAGAAGAGGAUGUCAACAAAGCCGAUGGGGAGGUUGACGAUCUGUUCCUGGUUGCCAUGACGAACACCAGAAUCUCUGUGGUGAGGGGGCGUGGCUGCGGUGACGGGAGCUCUUGUCACAACUGUGGCAAGUCGGAUUGUAACUUCAACGAGGUUGUCAUGGUCGCAGAGUCCAGCAAAGUCACCCUGGUGUCACGAGGAAUGGGCAACUUGGAAAAAGUACAACAGUUGGACAACCUCUUUAUUGAAAACUAUUUAUGCCGCAUGUACCUUCGGCGUAGACUCACACGUAAGAUGUGGAGUAUUCCUAGUUUGUCAGCAACUCCAGAGAAGAUCACCAUCUAUCACUACAAGUCUGACUGUGUGGACGGAGAGUUUCGGGGGGUCCCUGUGGUGCUCAACUUCACCAGCUCUAACUGUUUCCUCAAGUGUGUUAAGGACGGAGAGCGAGUCUCUCUCUGUGUUGGGACUUGUGACCAACACAGACUGAAAAGCAUCAGGAAGGAUGAUGAGGAGAUCCAGGCGUUUGUCUUCUACAUGAAGGCUGAAAUGAGCAAACAGCGCCGGUUUGAGUCCGCCUACUGCCAGGGCUGGUUCAUCCACACUUCUAACGAGACCAAAGUAGUUUUGGGGAAACCCCAGGGGAUGAUGGGGGACCAGUCAUUCUUCUUUGUCAUCCAUAAAUGAUGAGGGUUUGUUGUUUCUGCAUGUUAUGUUUCUCUAUGUAGUUUCUGUAGUGUGUUUUUAUACCACCAUUUUAUACCACCAUUUUAUACCACCAUUUUAUACCAUGUAAUUUUGUAUUGAUCCUAUGAGUCCCUGGAAAACAAUGAUGAUUGCUGAGUGGGCUAUACUGGCUACCAUAAAUGUACUGUAGAUUCAUUGAAUGUAGAGAAACAGAGCCCAGGAAAAGAAUGGAUGUGUACUGAUAUUACUGUGUGUGUGUGUUUGUAAUACAAUAAUGCAGCAGUGGCCUGUUAUUCUGCUAUUGCAGAGAGAAGUAGCUAUGUAUCAUACACAAAUAAUUAGCAUUUGUUUGUAGUUUUCAGUUAUUGAUCGUUUAGUCAGAUGAGUAAUGCUUUUAUGUUUUUCUGUGACUUAAGUCUUUUUUUAUUUAGAAUAAAAAUAUAUUCUAAAACUCU